AUGAGAGCUCAACUGAAGGAUGACUUACUUUUCUACAGAGCAUAUCAUCAGAAUAAGUACAACGUUUUGCUGCAUAUGAUAUGCGUUCCCGUUGUUUUGUUCCAGACCCUCCGCUUAUUGUCAUUUGUUGUAAACUGGCGUUUUGGUUUUACAGAGUUGACAGUUGCCAUAUAUUCAAUUUUUUAUCUCUAUCUACAUAUUCCAGUUGGUGUCAUAUCUACUAUUCUAUUGAUUGGGUCAGACUACGCAAUCCGCAGUGGUCUUGUGGCAACGUCAGUAAAGGUUACCUGGAUAAGCUGGGUUGUAACGUGGUUGCUCCAGUUUCUCUCUCAUUCAGUGUUUGAGGGAAGGAAGCCCGCCUUGUUCGACAGUUUCUUUCAAAGCCUUUUUACUGCUCCAUUUUUUGUUUUAUUUGAAUAUUUAUUCUUGUUGGGUUUCUACCGCGAGCUACGGAUCGAGCUGGAUGAGACUUUUGAUACCAAGCUUAUUCAAGAUGAUGAGGAGACUGCUUCUGCUUAA